GCAACUUAGAAAAGACUUGGGAUUAUGGUGUUUGUCGCAUUUUCUGGGUUGGUUGGUUUCAUAUGUUUUUGAUGAGAAAAAGUAGUGUGGCCUGCAGCAUGAGAGAGAGAGAGAGAGAGAGAGAGAGCGCGAGCAAGAGAGGGUGUGGGGGUGUGUGGGGGUGUGUGAGGGUGCCGCGUUGCGUUGCUGAUAUGGACUGAGGGAUUCUGAUGAGUUGGGUGGCACUGCGGAUUUGAGCUUAUUCGAUGUGAACCUUGGAAAUUAGAGCCAGAGCGGAGAGAAUGCCUGAAGGUUAUUUGGAUGGCUUUGUCAUGGGUGGUUUGAAUGGAGUGGUGGGUUGUGACGGGUCGUGUGUUGGCUGAAUUAGUUACGUGGAAGUAGCUAGUUGGAGCAGUAGUCGAGUGAGCUGUGCCUGACGUUUGCUGGAUUAUAAGGUUUUCAUGCUGGAGGUAGUACCAGAGUUCAAAUUUUCGUGAGUAGAAUGAGUAGAACGGAGCUCAGAUGAUCUGGUUCCAGUAUGAGACGAUCUAAUGCAGUUUUAUUAGCAGUAAGGGAAGUAGUGAAAAUGAAAUCUUAGAAAUUUAGUGUGUUAGGUGUACAAGAUUUGAUGGCACUGUUGCUAGCUGCUUCGCAGCUUGCGAGGUUUUGUAGAUCGGCGAGAAUGGAUGCAGGAGGGACUGACGUGAGUACAUUGUGAAUCACGCCACCGUACUGAUGUUUUGUUCGUGCUUUCAGGGCAGAGAAACGGUGGGUGCCUAGAGGAAUCUUACAGCCAGACUUGCCCUAAAUUUUCACGCCCCUAUUUUUUCCAGAAGGAAUGUCUCAGGUUCAGAGAUGAAUUCUUCACAACCUCCAGCCGAAGGUACGCGUCCGGCGCCAGCGUCUGCGCCGGCGCCGGUGCUGCCGAUGCCUUCUGCGCUGGUUAUGAGCAUGGGUAUGGCCUUGGGAGGAGUUUCCAGUCGGGGAGAGACUGUUAAGAGGAAAAGAGGUAGACCUCGAAAGUACGUUGGUAAUGAACCUGGUGGUGCCGCCUCAGCAGCUGGUGGGACGCCUGUUAAUAUGCAGCUUGCACUUCACACUCCUAACUCUGGGCCAUCUGGGUCUCCGUUUACUCCAACGGGUGUAAAGCGAGGGCGUGGGAGGCCUCUUGGCUCAAGCAGAAAACUCCAUCAAUUAGUGUCGUUUCCCAGCGCAGGCUCAUGGGCAGGGCAAAACUUCACUCCUCACAUCAUUACAAUUGCAGCUGGCGAGGACAUAGCCGCAAAGAUAUAUUCAUUUGCCCAACAUGGGCCUCGCGCAGUGUGUGUGAUGUCAGCCAAUGGUGCAAUAUCUACAGCAAUACUGCGUCAGCAAUCUUCAUCAGGCGGUAAUGUUACAUAUGAGGGACGUUAUGAAAUUCUUUCAUUGAUGGGUUCUUUCCUUCCAACUGAACAAGGAGCUAAUUCUCGGCAGCGAACUGGUGGACUGAGUGUAUCAUUAGCUUGCUCUGACGGGCGUGUAAUAGGUGGAGGUGUAGCAGGCGUGCUAACCGCCGCUUCUCCCAUUCAAGUGGUGGUCGGAAGCUUUAUCUUCGAGCCUGAAAAGGCUGCGGUAAAGGUGGGUAAUGGACAACAACCAUCGAUGGGCUACUCUCUGGGUGCCGAUUUUUCUGCUGCCCUUACACCCGCUUCAGCGCCACGUCCUUUGAAGACGAGUCCUGUGUCAGCCACUCCAGGUUCCGGCUUCGCUGUUAAUCCUUCGCUCAGGCAGCUAUCUCUUGUUUCAAGACAAUACAGCAGGGAUUGUUCGUCCUCAUCAGAAACUUGUGUAACUGCAGCUUCAACUCCAGCUCAUCAACAAGCUGUUACGCCUCCGAGCCAUCCAUCAAGUGGGCAAUCCAGCCAACAAUUGUUUCACCAAUCGAUGGGACUAUUCCAACAACCAAUGCCGUGGUCAAAUCCUCCUCUUGCAGAAGCUCGGCGAACUGAUAUUAAUAUCUCCUUGCCAGGUGGAUAAUGUGAAGGCUGUGUGAGUGGCGUAGAGUUUUCUGGAGUACAUAUCUCCAUUUGCAAACAAGUCGCUGCACUCUCUUGGAGAUGCGAUUUUGCUAGCUUUCCGCUGUUUCUCUUGUGGGCUGUGGGUGGUUUUCAAACGAUUCAACGACUUGCUCGAAUUUUUUAGCGGUAUCUAGUAGUGAUCGGAGAGUAAUAUGACUACAAAUCACUGGAUAGAUAAUAGAAAUGAGGUGUCUUAUGGCUUCGUCAACCAUAGAUAUAUGUACAUAAUCUUUCCGAGGGUGUCGAUGUGGCCUCAGGUAGAUAGAUUUUUUGUACAAUUCUCGAGGGUUUAGACACAGCCAGUUCAGUUUUUAUUUUCAUUUUGAUACAAUACUAUUAAUUUAUAGGCUUGAAUGAGAGGUUAGAUGAUAAUGGGUCAAGUCCUGUCUAUCUCGAUCAGUACAGCAAAUACUGUUGACAGAUGCAGUGGUACUUUGCUUUCAAUGUGUACUCAUUCUUUUCCUCGCUUCGGCCCUUAUUUCUUAGACCAUUGACUAUUAAAUUAUUGUUAGACCUGUUUGUGUGGACUUGGAUUCAAAUGAAGUUGGCAGAUCCACAGGA